GCCAACCUGCCCCAGUAGGAGGAAGCUAUUGGGAAUUGUUCGCUUCUAAGUGCGUUAACCGUCAGUGCUUCAAAAUGGAAGUUUAUUUUACACUCAGACCUCUGUGGUGAACAUUAAACAAGCAGGAAAACGCUCACGAGUGGGACAAGCGGGAGAAAAAACAAAUCAUUGUUUUGUUUUGAACCCCCCCCCCUGUUUGUCCUCCUGCCCUGUUUCUGCAUGCACGCGCUGUCGGACUCCAACAAUGCAUCCUGCGCUCGCGCCUCGUCUUCGGCGGCUGGUUAAACGCUGGGAUAUUGGAACAGGAAACUGAAAUGAUCGCAGAUUUGUGAGUGGAAUUUCUCGGGACGGUGUGGAUUGUGUAGUUUUUUGUUUGUUUGGCUUUUAAAGGGGAAAUGCCUGGCCGGAACAGGUACAACCUGGUGGACGACGCGGCGGAUUCGCGCGUGCCGCUUCACAACGACGAGGCGUUUCAGCACGGCAUUCAUUUCCAAGCCAAGUAUAUUGGCAGUCUGGAUGUCCCAAGACCUAACAGUCGCAUGGAGAUCGUCGCUGCUAUGCGGAGAAUCAGAUACGAGUUCAAGGCGAAGAGCAUUAAGAAGAAGAAAGUGAACAUGGUGGUCUCAGUGGACGGUGUAAAAGUGAUACUUCGCAAGAAGCUGAAGAGGAAAGAGUGGACGUGGGAUGAAAGUAAAAUGCUGGUGAUGCACGACCCAGUCUACAGGAUUUUCUAUGUGUCCCAUGACUCUCAGGAUUUAAAGAUUUUUAGCUACAUUGCCAGAGAUGGGUCCAGCAACACCUUCAGAUGCAACGUCUUCAAGUCGAAAAAGAAGAGUCAGGCGAUGCGUAUAGUGAGGACAGUAGGCCAGGCCUUCGAGGUGUGCCAUAAGCUGAGUCUGCAGUCUGCAGAUGGACAGAUGGACAGACAGAUGGACAGACUUGCACUUGGAGAGAAUGGAAAAUCUGAGGAGGAGACCCCUAGUGAAGGCCAUGAGUUGACCGGAGCUGAGCGCGUCAGUGGUGUAGAAAUGGAGAUGAAGCCGGUCAGCGCUUGUGAACAAGCUAUUACUGACGUCCUUCAGAGCCUCUCAGAGCUGAACAUGGUGAAGCCAGGAAAACCCCUCCAGGAACUAGAGGAGAUGCCUCUUCAUCCUCUGUCUCCCAGCAGCCCUUGCUCCCUGUCUCGCACACCACUGGCUGACCAGCACCACCUUCAGUUAUUACAGCAGCAGGUACUACAGCAGCAACAACAAGCUCAAGUUGCCGUGGCGCAGGUACAGCUGCUGAAGGAUCAGAUAGCCGCAGAGACGGCUGCCAGGAUGGAGGCUCAGGCCAGGAGCCACCAGCUGCUGCUGCAGAACCGAGACCUGCUGCAGCAUAUAGCGCUGCUGGUCCAACAUGUCAGCGAGCUGGAGGCCAAGGUCAACGGCCAUGCAAAGAAUGAAGACUGGCGAAGCUCAUCAUCGUAUUCUCUUGCUCUCAACCUGAAAAACUACUACAGUUCAGACCAGCCCAUCACCUCCACUCCGGCAGGAGAGCUCCAAGUUCCUCCUACGCCUCCUUAUACAAUGGCCUGUGCUGAGUCCUACCUCAGCCUUCUUAGAACAGGAACGUCUCGUCCCAUCACGGCCAAUGGCAAGCCAGCAAACACUGGGCACAAGCAGAGAAUGGGCAGUACGAGCAGUGACUUUACCAAGCUUAAUACAGCAGCAGUGGAUCAGAGGGUUAAAGAAAUAAUCCCAAAGCUGGACCCGCCCCCUCCCCCAGUCAGCCGAAAGCGCGCAAACAGAACAGGAUCAGAAACGUCGUCUACUCUGGCCUUCAGCUCAUCCUUCCCUGACAUCACACCAUGUUUUGUUACUCCGGGAGAGUUCGGAAACGAUCUCAGCGUGUCCUGUUCGGCGAGUGAGGAUUCCGGCAUGCGCUCCGACAUCAAGCCACCUGAAGAGGAUCUAUUUGAAGACCGCAACUCCGCCCUGCUUUCUACUUCCAGCACCUGCAGCAGUUUACCAGAGGACCACCCCCUGGCUGGAACCCCGCCCCGGGCAGCCACCCCCAAUAGCUACGAGCACACGACUCCGUUUUCAUCACCUCUUAACAAAACCUGCCUUCAUAUCAGUCUGAGUGAAGACGAGCUUCUGGAGGAUGGGAUCUUUACUACAGAAAGCCCACUCAGUAGCUCAUUUAGUUAGCAUUAAGAGUAACAAAAACUUGAAACUAGCGAGGGUUCACGACUGGAUGAAAUAUAGCUACUCAAGCGGCACUUUCUACUUCUACAGCAACAAAAGAAAACCAUCAUAUACAACGAAGCUGACAACUUCUGUAAGAAGUUUAGAGGCAUUUCACAGCUAUUACGCAUACGUUUUGUGUUGCUUGAUAUUUCAGUGUAAUCAUGACUGCUGUGAUUUAUCUGUACUUUAAUGGCAAAAUCUUUGCCAUUGUUAUUUUAUUCCCUGGGUGGCUUCAGGUUACUGCCUGUCUGGAGUUUCUCAUGGUCUCCCAGGUUCUCUGGGUUCUCCAGUUUUCCUUCUAAGAUGGCUUGACAGCUCUAAAUUUGUUGGCCCCUUGGUAAAAUGGCAUCUGAUCGUGAGACCCAGUGUUCAUGGAAUAUGUGCCGGAUUCACCACAUUUCUGAGGAUAAAGCAGUUACAGAUGGAUGGAUGGAUGGAUGGAUUAGAGGAUGGAUGGAUGGAUUGAUCAAAGGACAAAUGCAUGGAUGGAUUAGAGGAUGGAAGCAUGGGUGGAUUGACCAAAGGACAGUGGCAUGGAUGGAUGGGUGCAUGGAUGGAUGGGUGGAUUAGAGUAUGGAUGAAUGGAGGGGUGGAUUGACGGAUGGAUGGAUGGAUGGAUGGACCAAAGGACACAUGCAUGGAUGGAUGGGUGGGUGGAUUGACUGAAGGACAGAUGCAUGGGUGGAUUGACUGAAGGAUAGAUGGAUGGAUGGAUGGAUUGAUCAAAGGAUGGAUGCAUGGAUGGAUGACUAGAUUUAUUAAGGACUUAUUUAUUAAGGGUCAUAAUCAGAGUUUAUGAAAUAAUUUGCAGAUUCAUUUUGAAGACUGAAAUUGUGCACAUCUUUAUCACCAGUCAUGCAUGUUGGGUGGAAUUUACUUAAAACAGAAAAUUCUUCACAGCAAGGAAAGAAAACCCAAAGGAAAAUCGACUUAAUCAAGUGCGUAACUCAUUUAACUUCGAGUAACUUUCUUUACGUACAGCUCUAAAUACAGCCUAUUAUCUGCAAUAUCUUUAAACACUGUUCACCUGCAAAUGUGAUGAAAAUUAAUGUACACUGGACUACUGUGUAUAAUAGAAUUUUUUUUUUUUUUUUAGAAAAAUGAUUGUGUUAAUUUAGAAUGUAGAAAGGAAAAGGUAUAGAAAUGUAUUAUAAAAAAUGAUUUUUUUUUAAUUAUCUGCUACAUUUUAUUGUAUGAGUUUAUAUAUCUCAUGUCCAUGGACUACUGUUUGCCUGAAUAGAAUGAAAAUGAAAUAUUGAUGAAAUGCUCUGAAGGUUGAAGAGCAGACAGGAGAAAAAGCCAGAGAAUAUAAUAUUUAAAAAACCUUAUGUCUGUCAGGAAAUGACAGAAAUUUGCAAAUGACACGGAAGCAGAAGGAAUCCAGAAAUCAUAAUCAGAGUAAAUCACUGCUCAUUGAGUUUGGUUUAAGCAACUGAAUAUUUGAAAUGCAAAUGAACAAAGCGUAAUUGUGAAGUACUUAAUCAUGUUUGUAACACUGCCAUGGUGUUAUCAUCAGCUGGAAAGCACUAGAAUAUUCUUAUCGCUUCCUGAUGGAGUGUGGUAGUGAUAGACAGACUAAGAGUGGAAAGGGGAAAAAAAAAGUGUUGCCUUAGCAGUGAAUUGACUCAGAGGAAGUGAGACCAAGCUAAAUCAAUUUUCUUGCUCUGUGGAUUUCCUUGUCAUGUUACUGAUACAGAUAAGAUCGCGGUGAACUCAGAACCCAUCCGGUUCUGACUUUAGUCUAAUAGCAGUGAUGACACUGAGGUAGAUUUAAAAUUAACCCAAGACUUUUGAGACAUAAAACUGUGAAAUGUGCUUAAAGAUAUUAAUAAGAGCAAUAAGAGAUGUAUCAAGAAAAAGUUAGCUUUGUGUACUAGAGAGAAAAAAAGAAAAGCAAGAAUGAAUUAGAAAGAAGGGGUUAGUAGAGGGGUAGAUGGGGUGAGCAGGUGUUAUGAUCUGCAGCCAUGGGUAGGAGGAAGUAGGUGGAAAAGACAUGGAGGUAGGGACUGCAGCAUCAAGCAGGUAGUUA